AGUGAAGUAAAUGGUGUUUUUAUUAUCAAUUUGACAUGACAACAACCAAAUACAGCAAUACUACUAUAAACCACGAAAAAAUAAUAAAAUCUACAAAAUCAAACGACCGAACUUUAUUCAAAUCGAUAAUGCAAAAUUUUCGCUAAUUAAAAACAAAAUGGUACAAAAAAUACCGUCGUGUCAAUUUUUUCUGUGAAAAACUUCUGCGCAACAUUUCGACGCACUUUUUAGUACUAAAUUUGCUGUUUGCAACGUAAAUUUUUUUAGUACUUAAAAAAUGCAUUAAUUUAGUUCUAAAUUUAGUACUUUAUUUAGUAUCGUGACAUACAGCCUUAAGACUGGGCAGAGACAAGACUGGGGUAUAAGGAAGAAGUAAAUUAGGGAAAAUAAAGGUGGUGUAAUUUACACUGGUGGACACUGCAUCAACAGCGAACGAAAGAACUUACAAGAUUAAUUUUGACAUUACAUGUGACAUAUGACAUGACAGUCGUGCCAUAAGUACAAAGUUCAACUUUUUGUUUAUUUAUUAUUAUUGCGAUUAUGUGGCGAUUAUUUCACUAAUCCUCGAUCUGGAUCUGACUGAAAAUUGGAAAUAAUAAUAUUAGUUAUCAAUACAUAAGGAUUAUUUUUAUCUAUUUAUAGUGUUUGUUAGAUUAGAUACCUUUAAUGUCAGCAUCAAACGAUAAAGAUUCGGAUAUUAAAUCUGCCAAAAGUGCCGAGCCACCAAUAAAACCAAAGCCUGAAGCAAGCGCUUCUAGUAGCAAUUCUGACUCUGACAAAGACACUGAAGAAAUGGAACACAUACUUCAAUUUUUCAAAGACAAAUUGAACUUAUUCGGUGCCGCAAAAGAGGAAGCAGAAAAAGUAAAGGUUUUAGAAAAUGUAACUGUUGAUGGAAUUAUUGAUUAUAUUAGAGAGAAAAAAUGUAAAAAAAUAAUUACAAUGGCUGGAGCAGGAAUAUCCACUUCUGCUGGAAUUCCUGAUUUUCGAUCACCCGGUACUGGCCUUUACCACAAUCUAAUGAAGUACAACUUACCUCACCCACAAGCAAUUUUCGAGCUUGACUUUUUUAUGAAAAAUCCUAAACCCUUCUUUGAACUAGCGAAAGAAUUGUAUCCAGGAUCUUUUAAACCAACGAUUUGUCAUUAUUUUAUUAAAAUGUUAGAUGAAAAAGGUCUCUUAUUAAGACAUUAUACGCAAAAUAUUGAUACUCUUGAAAGGAUAACUGGUUUGAAAGAUGAUAAGCUUGUAGAAGCUCAUGGUACUUUUCAUACAGGUCAUUGCUUAAAAUGUAGGGAGCAAUAUACUCUUGAAUGGAUGAAAGUGCGCAUUUUUAGAGAUGAAAUUCCAGAAUGUGAAAAAUGUGAUGGGGUCGUUAAACCAGAUAUUGUAUUUUUCGGAGAAGCUUUACCUAAUAAAUUCCAUAGAGCACUAUCUGAUUUUGGGGAAUGUGAUUUGCUCAUUAUAUUAGGAUCUUCUUUGGCAGUACAACCAUUUGCAUCCUUGGUUGACAGAGUGAAAGAUAAUGUUCCUAGAUUGUUAAUAAAUAGAGAAAAAGCUGGCCACAGAGGGGCAUUCGUGUCCAUGCUUGGAAUGGGUGGUGGCUUGGAUUUUGAUAGCAAAAACAACACUAGGGAUGUUUGUUGGUUAGGCGAUUGUGAUGAAGGAUGCCUACUAUUGGCAGAAAAAUUAGGAUGGGGAUAUACAGACACAUACAAACACAGACAUCAUCGCGAAAAUAGUCAAAACGGAUUCAGGGGACCCCAAAACUUAAAAGUCCGUCGAAAACUCGUGGAUGAAUUGAAACAGCGAGUUAAGCAAGAACAUGACAAAAUAAAAAUUGAAGAGAAAAAAGAAAAAGAAAAGAAAGAUGAAAAACGAGAGGAAGUUAGUACAUCACAGGAAGAAAGUUCCAAAAAACCAACAGACAUUGGCAAUAAAUAUUAAAUUACCAAUUUUUUAGCUCAGCACAAUUUUAUUUACAAAAAAAAUGUUAAUAACUUUUAUUUAAUUUAAAUGCUAUAAAUUACUAAUUAUAUUAGUGAUAAUAUUUUAGUAAAACAUAAUAGAGUUCUAGUUUUUUUAAGUUGUAUGAUUAUUAUUUAAUUCGUUAAUUAAUUUUAAUAUAAUUGUUAAUAAUGUUUAGGAUUUUAAUUCUAUUUUAGUGCCUUGGUUAUUAAAAUGCAAUGUUUUAAUAACCCCAUUAGCGAUUGUCUGAAUUUUGUUAAAAUACAAAAUAAAACAAUUAAAUUUUAAAACUUUUAUUAUU